AUGCCAAAGCCCCAACCGCAAAGCAACCCCAUCCAAGCCGCCGUCUCCAGCUGGCUCUCGGCCGUCGCGCCUCCCGACCACGCCGACCCAGCAGCCUGGAAGCAGAAGCUCCGCGACCAUGCGCCGAAACGCUUCACGAUAUACGAGCCCAUGGCCCUCCUCCCGCCCGGCAGCUUCGCCCACCCCGCGUGGACGGAGGAGCUGGGCCGCCACGACGCCGCCGCCGCCGACUCGCUCUGGGCCCUGAUCCUGGAGCACCUGUCGCGCGUCGGCGGGCCGGCCGCCCGCGCGACGCACCUAGCCGUCAGCGAGGGCAUCCCGGCCCGCACGCCCGACGGCGCCGGCGAGAACGUCACCCGCAGCCCCGGCGGCGGCCUGCGCCUGCUCCGCGGCGACUUCGGCCCCGCCGCGUGCGACGACCCGCCGUCCGAGCGCGACUUCCAGCGCGCCUUCUGGGUGUCCACGCGGCAGAACGGCAUCUGGCAGACGUGGGCGCCGCGCUGGACCAUGUUCAGCAGGGGCAACGUCAAGGAGAAGGCGCGGCUGCUGGGGUUCCCGCCCGCCGGGGAGGGCGACAGCAACGGCGGCGGCGGCGGCGACGGCGACGGCGACGGCGGGGUGUGGGCGGUGGACCUGUACGCCGGCAUAGGCUACUUUGCCUUUUGCUACGCGAGGCUGGGCAUGAGGGUGCUCUGCUGGGAGCUCAACCCGUGGAGCGUGGAGGCUCUCCGCCGGGGGGCGCGGCUCAACCGCUGGACCGUGGGGGUGUUUGGCCGCCCGGGGCGGGGGCUGCCGUCCGAGGACGUGGCGAGCAGCUCGGCGCGCAUCGUCGUCCUGUGGGAGGACAACCGCGCGGCGGGCUGGCGGGCCGACGAGCUGAGGAGGAGCGGCGGCGGCUGGUUGCGCUGCGUGCGCCACGUCAACUGCGGGCUGUUGCCGACGAGCCGGCCCACGUGGAGGUGCGCGCUGUCCCUGACGCGGACGACGACGGCGGCGGCGCGCGGCGGCCAGGCCUGGCUGCAUCUUCAUGAGAACGUGGGGGACGGCGAGACGCGGCGGCGGCGCGACGAGGUGGAAGCUCUGCUGAGGGGCUACGACGCCGACGACGCCGACGACGCCGUGCCGGGCCCAGGCAGGGCGAUCCGCGUGCUCGCCGUGGAAAAGGUCAAGACGUACGCGCCGGGGGUGUGGCACUGCGUGUUUGACGUCCAUGUCACGCGCGAGGUUUGA